CGGCCUGGGUCGUUAUCAUUGGGCAAGGCACUUCCAGGCUAACGAGUCCUUCUAAGACAACCACAAUAAAACAACAGCAAAAUGCUGAGAGUGACUAUCGCGUUUCUUGUCUGCACUGUGGCCUUAUUGCCUCUUUACGCCUAUGGACAAGACGAUGAUGACAGAUGCCCAUCCGAUCAAUUCUGGGAAGAUUGUGGCAGUGACUGUCCCUUGAAUUGUGGCAACUACCAAAACCCACCCAAGAUCUGUACGAUGGCCUGUAGGAUCGGGUGUACCUGCAAGGCACCCAAAAUCUUUCUUCAGGGCAAAUCUGGCGCCUGUGUUUUGCCCAGUGAAUGCCCUUCUCCCUGAGGUUAAAAACUCCUAAAUCCCAUAUUCGGCUCUUUAUAUGGAUCUGUAAUCAUUACCCUGUGGGGAAGCUCUCACUAAAUAUAAAACGUACAAAUUCUAAAAUGAAACUACUUUUAUCCAUUCAUCUUUUCCAAUAAAAAGGAAAUCAUGGAGCUUUUGUGUAGUCUUAAUAAACUUGACAUUUGACACACACAAAUAA